GAAGGGUAGGGCUGCCGAAUUCGCUGUCCUGCCCUUUUUCUGUGGUCCUGACGUCCUUCCUUCUCCCGACUGUCACACAGUUUCGGGGAUGUAGAUGAUUAUUUUUAAGCAAUUUAGCCGGUCCUGCUAGAUUUCUGUCUUUUUGGGGGGGCGUAUUUCGCGUACAUACCCGACAUGGGGUGUGUUUUUGAAGCGGCACCGCUUGUUUACCCCUACAGACCGGAGCCCGGCUCGCAGGGUACUGUAUAGUUCACAUUUUUAUUUUAUUUUUUUUUUAUGACUCAAGGUAUUUAUUGGUGACUGGGUAUUAUUUUUUUUUUAUCGGGGGGAAAAACAACAAAAUACAUUGCUGGCGAGAUCAUUGAUGGACCGAAGAUGGUUUUAUUGCCGAAAAGGUUUUUUUCCCACUUACCAACGUUUUUGGACCGGCUCGGGCAGUAGAAAAAAACUGUUUUAAUUUUCCUUUCUUUCCUACCGAGAUGGUAUAACAUUUGUUCUUUUUUUAUUUGAGUUCUCUCGUUUUCCUCCUUUUCGGUUAUUUCACACAUUGCUUUUCCUAUUUCAAGUAUGCGAGAGCUUUAAUUGAACCGGAGAAGAAAGUGUUGUUUUUUUCACCCUCCCCUGUAUUACAAUGAAAGGGAGCCGAAAUGAAUUCUCUUCGUCUAUGAAGCCGAAUGAACCAGACGCCUGACGCUCCCUUCCUGAACCGCGGACUCCGGCGGCCCAACAUGGACCGAAUCUAGCUCGUCUGUCGGGUUUUCCCCUCUCUGGCUCUGCGCGUCGGUACCGGGACUGGUAGCGCUUCGGCCGGCGGCUGUGUGACGGAGCCGCGGAAAUGCGGCGGGUCUGAGGGUACCGGCGCCUCCGAGGGGAUCCAGGCCGCAGGAGGGGCGGCGCAGCGCUCACGGACACUGGGAUGUCGACUGUUAUUUUAAAGACAGUUUUAGUUUUGUAAAUACGUAGCGUUCGUAUACAGAGCCGCGUCAAGCAGGGGAAACUCAGGGAAAAAAAAAAUGUCUUCUCGCUCAGCACUACCAUCUGGGAACGAAAGGAAUUCCGACCACCAUGCCUCGCUCACAGGCAGCCGCUCGGAGAAGGGCUCCGGCUGGUCGAGCCGCUCCCUGGGCGCCCGGUGUCGGAAUUCCAUCGCCUCAUGCUCCGACGAGCAACCGCACAUCGGCAACUACCGCCUGCUCAAAACCAUCGGGAAGGGUAACUUCGCCAAGGUCAAGCUGGCGCGACACAUCCUGACGGGGAGGGAGGUUGCAAUAAAAAUUAUUGACAAAACUCAGCUGAACCCUACCAGCCUGCAAAAGCUCUUUAGAGAGGUACGGAUAAUGAAAGGUCUGAAUCAUCCAAACAUAGUGCAACUGUUUGAAGUGAUCGAGACUGAGAAGACACUGUAUCUGAUCAUGGAGUACGCCAGUGGGGGCGAAGUGUUCGACUACCUCGUGUCUCACGGGAGAAUGAAGGAGAAGGAAGCGCGAGCCAAAUUCCGGCAGAUUGUGUCUGCUGUGCACUACUGUCACCAGAAGAACAUCGUUCACAGGGACCUCAAGGCGGAGAAUCUCCUGCUGGAUGCCGACUCUAACAUCAAGAUCGCCGACUUCGGCUUCAGCAACGAGUUCACCCUGGGGAACAAGCUGGACACUUUCUGCGGGAGCCCCCCCUACGCCGCGCCCGAGCUCUUCCAGGGCAAGAAGUACGACGGGCCCGAGGUGGACAUCUGGAGCCUGGGCGUCAUCCUGUACACGCUGGUCAGCGGCUCGCUGCCCUUCGACGGGCAGAAUCUGAAGGAGCUGCGGGAGAGGGUCCUGAGGGGGAAGUACCGCGUGCCCUUCUACAUGUCGACCGACUGCGAGAACAUCCUGCGCCGCUUCCUGGUCCUCAACCCCAGCAAGCGCUGCACCCUGGAGCAAAUCAUGAAGGACAAGUGGAUGAACGCUGGGUACGAGGGGGACGAACUGAAGCCCCACGUGGAGCCCCUGGAGGACUACAGUGAUGCCAGCCGCAUCGAGGUGAUGGUGGGUAUGGGCUAUUCCCGUGAGCAGAUCAAGGACGCCCUGACCAAACAGAAGUACAACGACAUCACCGCCACGUACCUGCUGCUGGGCCGCAAGAACAACGAGCUGGACAGCAGUGAGUCCCGCUCGGGGAGCAGCCUGUCUCUGGCCCGGGUGCGACCCAGCACCGUCACCAACGGAACCAGCAAGCACUCGUCCGCUACCUCCUCCUCCUCCUCCUCCCAUGGCAAGAGCCAGCGCAGCGCCUCCACCUACCACCGGCAGCGGAGGCACAGUGAUUUCUGUGGCCCCUCCCUCCCGGUGGCGCACCCCAAGCGCAGCCCCACCAGCACGGGCGAGGCGGACCUGAAGGAGGAGCGCAUGCCGUCGCGCAAGACCAGCUGCAGCGUGGUGGGCAGCCGGAGCAUCCCCCCUUCCAGCCCCAUGGUCAGCAGCGCCAACAACCCCAACAAGUCCGAGAUCCCCGACCGCCGCAAAGAGAUUAAUGCCACCACGAACAACAUCCCUGCAAGUGCCAUGACCCGGCGGAACACGUACGUGUGCACGGACCGGUCCAGCACCGACAGGCACUCCCUCCUGCAGAACGGCAAGGACAACAGCUCUCUGUCUCACCGGCUGCCCCCGGCCUCGCCGUCGACCCACAGCAUCGCGGGCGCGGGCGCGGGGGGGGCCUCCUCUGUGGGCGACCGCUCCCGGCUCUCUCGCGGCUCCACCAUCCGCAGCACCUUCCACGGGGGGCAGCUCCGGGACCGCCGCCCGCCCCCCCACGCCGCCCCGCCCACCUCCCCCACCCUGUCGCACGACGCCAGCCCCCUCCCUCACGCCCGCAGCCGAGCCACCUCCAACCUCUUCAGCAAGAUCACCUCCAAACUGACCCGCAGGGUCAAUCUUGACCCUUCUAAGCGCCAGAGCUCAAACAAAUCUGUCUCGGGCUGCACUCUUCCGCAGGGAUCAAAAACAGUUAGGUCACAGACGAACCUGAGAGAGUCUGCAGAUCUCCGGUCACAAGAUGCACUGUUUCAGGUUAAACCAGCAAGUCGCCAUUUACCUGGGUAUCAAAAAGCGCCAGAGCCCCGGCCCCCCCGAUGCGGCUGGGAUGUGAGGGUACGGAGCGCCCGGGACCCCGCGGAGGUGCUGCAGGCGCUGCGGGAGGCGGCCCAGGGCUGCGGCUGCCAGGUGCACCCGGCCGGGCCCUUCCUGCUGUCCUGCGCGCACGGGGCGGCGGGCGGCCGCGUGGCCUUCGAGGCCGAGGUGUGCCAGCUGCCCGCGGGGCCCUGCGUCACCAGCGGGGUGCGCUUCCGGCGCGUCUGGGGGGCGCCGCUCGCCUUCCGGGACAUUGCCACAAAGAUCUCCAAGGAGCUCGAACUCUGAGGGCGACUGUGGGGGCGGCGGCGGGGGGUUUCGGGAGAGAAGGGGCAGGGGUGGGAGUGGACAAGACGGACUGAAUCCUCUCACACCCCCAGUGCCGAUACUCCAGGACUCCCGCACGGAUAGGCUCCCGAGCCGCGCCCCCGCCUCCCACCCUCAAGACACCGCCGGUCCGGAACCAAGGACACCCAGCAGGACUCCGCCCGGAUGCGCUACUCUUCUCAAUAUUAUUGUUGUCAUCGCAAUUCUUGCAAUUCUUGUUCUUCAUUCUCAACAGCUGCUAUUUGAAAUAUUUUUAAAUAAGUUGGCUUGGCUGUCACAGGCCCGAGGUUCAGUCUUCUUCUUGUUUUUAUAUAUUUUUUUAAUUAAUUUAAAAUGCAGUUGGCGUGUGCGUGCGAAUGAGGUGGGAGGGUGUUUUCCAAAGGGUGCAGACAGCCCAGUUGGGCCAGGCAGUGCUGGGAACUCGACAGACGUGGCCGGAGUGCGUUUAGGGAAAGUAUCUGGAUUUUCUGCCCGUCGGAUUCGUCUCCUUCCUUUUCCUGCCAGGAAAAGUGUUGAGGCCUGACAGCCCAGUGCUUUUCACCCCAGAAAAUGCAGGACCAGGGCAGGAAAGGAAAUGUCAGUCUACGUGUUUUUCCAUCUUCGGGGUCUGUUAUUUAUCUCAAAUUCACAUUUUCCGAACAGUUGGUUCCAUAUUUUUUAGAGCGAGUUUUCUUUAGUGGUUUAAGACAGAAAAUCGGGAACAAGCGAUAUCGAGUAUGAAGGACACCACACACCUUUGCAGCCUUCAAGGUCAAAACCAAGCUCUCCCCCUCUGUGUGGGGAGGAGCCUAGGGCGUGCAGUUGUGUGCGCGGAGAGGAAAAGCAGAUCAAACAGUUUUCCCAAGCAUGGCCUGCUAUCACUGCAGGCUCAUAAACAGGUGCUGUGUAGAACCAGGGAGGGGUGGGGACAGGUAAGUGAGCCCAGGUGUGCAGUUUAUCAUGAGCCGAUUAUCUGUGUUACAUCCUUUCUGAAGGAAUACUAGCCGACUCUACUGUGUUUGGUGGAGGAGGGAUGCGAUUUCAUCUGAAAUAGGAUUUUAAAACAAGUUGAUGAGGAAUGUGUUAAUGAAGAGUAGUGGACAGUAUACAGUUGGCCUUUUAACCAUGUGAAGACUCAAAAGUUGUUCAGAUGUUGCUUGCAGGGGGAGUUUUAGAAGCUCAGAGGAUUUCAGCGAAAGAAUCUGCUCCUCUGGAGUCAUUCCUAGAAGGCGUAGACUUAGUUAUCGUAGCGAUGGGGUUUUGCCUUGCUUUCCCUCUGCUGGGGCCUGUAUGUCUUCCACUGUCUGGCCAGGGACUGGCUCUGUCGAACCGUCAGCAGGACACAUUGUUUUUCCAAAAACUGGGUUGUUGUUCAACCCUUGUCUUUGUGUUGGACAGUAGCACCUCCUCUCACACACACACACACACACCUGGACAUACUGACAUAAUCCCCAUGAAAGAGUUUACAAGCCCACCUGGUUUCUGACCAAGAGCCGCCAUUCCCAGCGUGUCUGUUCUGCUCUAAAGACAGCCUUAAGGACAGUAUUAUUGCCUUGGAGCACUGAACCUAGCAAGACCUUUUUUCAGUUGGAUCACCUCAGGCUUUUCCAGGACAUCAGAUGUAGCUGCAAACUAAAUCCCAGAGCAAAAGAGUAAUCACAUUAGCUCUUUUAAUGCCUUUUCUGAAACAUUAUUCUUAAGCUUCUCCACAGGUGCAGGACAAACACCAGCUCUCUUCAGCAGGAAUCAUAUGUAUUGUUCAAAUUAGGCGUCACGCGUCAAGCAGGUAGCUGUAGAUUUCAUCCAGGUGUUGUGAACAGAGGUGGGCACCAAACCAUAGCCCUGCAUGUUCACAGAAGUCAUUUUUGUUUAAAAAACUGCUGCUUUUUGUCCUUGGCGAGUUAUGUUAAUUAUAACAGUGUUUUUAAAUUUGAUUCUACUUGCGAGAUGGACAUUCUGUUAAAUUAGUCAGCAGGUCCAGUGGAACAAGGCAUAGAAGUUAGUCGGUACUCCUGAGGGUGGAGGCCUGGAGCAGUGUUUUUUGUGGCCAAAAUUCUGAUCUUUACUAUUAGUGUUGCAUGUGAGUGUCUUUCAUGAUGUGUCAUUUGCAGAAAGAAUCCGGGAAUAAUUAAGCUGUUGUGGAGAAACAAAAUCCUGAAAUAUCCUGGAAAAGCCAUGUGUGUCCUGUGGGCAUUGAGGGUUCCUAUGCAAGUUCUGAAAAUGUUACAGGUGUCUCACUUUACUGGGAGAGUGGCAGCUGUGGUGAAAACAGGGAGACACACAAACACAGAGAACACUCUGUCCUCUGAAAUGAUCCUUAAUCAACUGUCUACAGCUUUGUUAUGUCUCAUUUUUGCAUUGGUUUAAUGUUUUGCCAUUAAGGGAUAGAGUUGCCUAUGUGUGAACCAGCAGCUCCAGCUCAAGUCCAACUGAUCCAUCAUUUCUGAUUUUUACUGUUUCGCAAUACUGCAGUAUCUUAAAAUUGUUUUUUAGGAAUAUUUAUCUAUUAUAUAUAAACACAGUAGGUGCGAAUAUAGAAGUCUUAGUUUGGAAACUGGUGCUUGUGUGUAUUGUAAAAAACAAAAGAGACAAUAAUUUGCUAUCUUGAUGCAAAGAUGAGAUAAAAUGAACUGUUCCAGUCAGAUAGGGAGAGUUCAGUACAGGGUCACUGUUCAUAAUCUGCAGCCUUUGGAUUUCCUUUCUUCACUAUAAAUAGGAUUGGUAUCAGUCUCCACUGAUUGACUAGGGCCAUUUGAGUUUAGUUUUACAGCAUUGACCUAACAAACUUCUGAAGACCUGAAUCUCCCUUUUGUUAGGUGAGAUGUAAGCCCGGAGCAGGGAACUGAGGGACCAGCAGUUUAAGUCUGCAUUGGAUUGUUCUUCUGACAAAGUGGGGAUACAGUAAUUCCUGCUCAGGAUGUGCUUGGAAUUUCACAACAAUAUCAAGUCUGAGUGAGGUUAAUGCUGUGUCCUGGCUCCAGGAGAGUACAUGCUAAGGCAUUAUCAGUAUUGUUGAUGAAACUAAUUGAAGGAGCAAAUCUGAACUGAACACUUUGUGCUGUUGGUUCCAGAGCAGCUGGCAGUGUUUGUUCUGGAGCAGCUGGUGUUCUGUGCUCCAGAGCACUUGGUGCCAUUUUUUUUCUGGAGCAGCUGGUGCUGUUUGUUCUAGAGCAGCUGACACUGUUUGUUCUGGAGCGGCUGGUGUUCUGUGUUCCAGAGCACUUGGCACCACUUGUUCUGGGGCAGCUGAUGCUGUUGAUUCUGGAUCAACUGGUGCUGUUUGUUCUGGAGCAGCUGGUGAUGUUGGUUCUGGAUCAACUGGUGCUGUUGGUUCUGGAGCAGCUGGUGCUCUGUGCUCCAGGGUGCUGAACACUAUGUUCCAGAGACGCUGGCAUUACAGCUGUCACAUUCAACACCCCUGGCCCACCUGGACCCAACUCCUCUCACCCUAAAGAAGUCGAGUCAGGUCUUGUGUAAACCCAAAAGAGUGCUUGUAUUUAUAUUAUUGUGUAGAGAACAGAGAAAAAUUACAACAAAUUAAAAUUAAUUGUUCAACUUUUUUUUUUAAUUUUUAAGUUAUUAUAUAUCUGGCACUGGCCUUGGUGCCAUUAGAUGUAAAAACUGGGAAAUAUGAGUAACCUUGAGAAAUAAAAUACACAGCUAUUGGAACCUGUA